AUGCCUCAUGUUGAUGCCAUCCUUCUCAAUGUAAUUGAAUUCUCAUGGUUUAAAUCUAUCCUUCACGAUUGGAGUGAUGACCACUGCAUGAAAAUCCUUCAGCGAUGUAAAGAAGCAAUUAACCCAGCAGAAGGAGGAAAAAUAAUCAUAAUUGAUAUGGUGAUAGACAUCAAUCAGAAGAUAGACAUGAAUCCAACAUUAAUUUUAGACAUGUUCAUGAUGGUGAAUUUUGGAGGAAAAGAGAGGACAAGUGAGGAAUGGGAGAGGCUCAUUAGUAAUGCAGGGUAUAGCAAAUGCAAAAUAAUCCCAGUUCUUGCUACGGCUUCAAUCAUUGAGGCUUAUACUUCGCAGUGA